ACGCAGCGAUUAUUUUCUAUAUCAAUCCAUAGGCUGGAUCAAAUCCUUCGUAUUUCGUUUGAUUUUUAAAAUGUCCAACGAAUAUAAAAUCCCUGCUGAGAACAUAUCAAGAACCAUGGAGCAUGAGUUUUCAACCGUAACGGGAAAUUUCAGAGUUGAACACUGUGGCUCAAACAGAAAUAAAAUAUUUGCUAUUUACUGUACAGUAUUUAGCGAAAUGACUGAAAGUCAACUGCGGCGCAAUAUCUCUAAACUUUUGAACAAAUCCCAGGCAUUGCUUAACUUAGGAGUUCCGCAAAGCCACAUGAAAUUCAUUGAUGAAAUGGUUUGUGAUGAAAGCACAACAUCAACUAACAAUCGAGCUUUUUCUUGGCCAAUGACAAAAAUAGGAACUACUGCAGAGAUCCCAUGUCAUGCAUAUGUAGCCACCAGGAAUUGGUUCGUUUGUAUUGAUUUAUUUCUACUCAAAGUUUGAAGUUUUCAGCGUCAUCCUAUU